AUGGGAAAAUCCAAUCAGUCUUCUGUGACAGAAUUUGUUCUGCUGGGGCUUUCUGGCUACCCAGAGCUCGAGGCCAUUUACUUUGUUCUGGUUCUAUGUAUGUAUGUGGUGAUCCUGCUGGGAAAUGGAGUCAUCAUCAUUGUGAGUGUUUACGACUCCCACUUGCAUACUCCCAUGUACUUUUUCCUCAGUAACUUAUCAUUUUUGGACAUUUGCUACACUAGUUCUUCCAUUCCCUUAUUUCUCAGCAGCUUCCUAACUUCCACGAAAACCAUUUCUUUCCCUGGGUGUGGAGUUCAAAUGUUUCUCUCCUUUGCUAUGGGAGCCACAGAGUGUGUCCUUUUAAGUAUGAUGGCAUUUGACCGCUAUGUGGCUAUCUGUAACCCUCUGAGAUACCCCAUCGUCAUGAGUAAGGCUUCCUAUGUGCCCAUGGCUGCUGGGUCCUGGAUUGCAGGAGCCAUCAAUUCUGUGUUGCAAACCUCUCUUGCAAUGCGGCUUCCUUUUUGUGGGAAUAAUGUCAUUAAUCAUUUUACUUGUGAAAUCUUGGCUGUUCUUAAAUUGGCCUGUGCUGAUAUCUCCAUAAAUAUUAUUAGCAUGGUUGUCGCUAAUAUGAUUUUUCUAGUGGCCCCAGUACUUUUUAUUUUUGUUUCUUAUGUUUUCAUUCUCUCCACCAUCCUGAGGAUUCCUUCUUCAGAAGGAAGGCGCAAAGCCUUCUCUACCUGCUCUGCUCACCUGACAGUGGUGAUUAUAUUCUAUGGAACAAUUCUCUUCAUGUAUGCAAAACCCAAGUCUAAAGACUCUUCUGGGAAGGACAAAGAACAAGUCACAGACAAAAUAAUUUCUCUCUUCUACGGUGUUGUGACACCUAUGCUUAACCCUCUCAUCUAUAGUUUGAGGAACAAAGAUGUGAAAGCAGCUGUGAAGAACAUACUGUGCCGAAAACACUUCUUAGGAGGAAUGUGA